CUGACCGUGAAGAUUGUCAUCAGGUGUUCAUAGUCACUGUUGCACCUGGAGAUGUGGUGGUUACAGGAACUGAUGGCUUGUUUGAUAACUUGUAUAAUAAGGAGAUAGCAGUUGUUGUGGCAGAUGCUGCCAGAGAUGGCCUUAGCCCAGAUGCUACCGCACAAAAGAUUGCAGCUUUUGCACGCCUACGAUCUUUAGACAGGAAACAGCAAACUCCAUUCUCCACUGCAGCACAAGAAGCUGGAUAUUCUUAUUAUGGUGGUAAACUUGAUGACCUAACAUUUGUUGUUUCAUACGUCUCUUUUUAA